GUCGGAUUCAUGAAUAAAAAACCAAGGGGAGUUAAGUUCACAGGACGCAGGAAAGUUCUCCGCAGACAAAUGUUUGGCGCUCUUCCUUCCGCCCAUGACCGAGAACACGUAGAGAUCCCCGAGAACUGAGCUGCGGGCGCACGGAGGGCUGCACACUCAAAAGAAGCACAAGGAGACCGAAGAGGCGCUUCACUGAGGGAAUAGAGGAAGAGGAGAGGAAGGGAAAGAGAGAGCGAGAGAAAGAGAGACUGAGAUAGACUUCCUAUCUCACUCUCCCAGUUGAGGUCUUCAGCGGAUCGCGUCUCGCAACUGCAGGACAAUGUCUAGUAAAGCGACUUUAGCCUUACUCAUCUAUGGAAUCAUAAUGCAUUACAGCGUCAACUGCUCACCUGUGGGGCUUAGCUUUCCCAGUGUUAGACUUGACAGUGAGGUUUAUGAUGAGGAUGGAAACUCCUUACCAUCCCUGGAUUAUGACAGAGACCAAGUGGAUGUGAGAAGUCCUGCUUCUGUCGUUGACGACGUCUACACUUUGUACUAUCCACCGGAGGAAAGAACGGAAAGGCAUGCAGACGGCAUGUUUAAUAAAGCCUACAGGAAAGCGCUGGGUCAGUUAUCAGCAAGGAAAUAUCUGCAUUCUCUGAUGGCAAAACGUGUAGGCGGGGGAAAUAAAUCGGAUGACAGCUCAGAGCCUCUGUCCAAGCGACACUCAGAUGGGAUCUUCACAGACAGCUACAGCCGCUACCGGAAGCAAAUGGCAGUCAAGAAAUACCUGGCAGCAGUCCUUGGGAAAAGCCUUGAAGACAUAGGUCUUCACGAUAUCCUACAAGGCAUAGACUUUGAUGCCUUCCGGGACUGGGAUGAGUUUGAGGCUUUUUUGGGAGAUUGGCUGAAACAGUUCUCUCCUGAAUUUCUGGCUUUGUGACGCAGGAAGCAGUUUGCGGCUGUGGUGCCUUGCAUCGACUUUAAAAUCGCCAUGAAUCACAGAUGGCUAUUUAGUGGCCCUACAAUGCUGCACAUCAUCAGCUUACAUUUCACCCUUUUUGUUGUUGUUUUUUGUGUUGCACAGACGUUUGGUAGGAUCUUUAGUGCCAUCCAGCUUAGACGUGAAGCACUCUUACUUGCACUGCUUUCUUUUGCACU